UACCGGGUAUACGCCGUAUCUAGGCCACGGCGUAUGAGAUUAUUACAAAUCAUAGAACCUAUGGGAAAUCGUUCUGGUAAACAUCAAAUCUCGCGCGCAUCGCAUCCGAAAAAAAGCGCCUUGCAUGCCAGCGUGCGCAGCAAUCCUGAAGAGGAGAAUAUCAAAGACGACAAUACUUCUGAAAUUCAAGAGCGAGCUUCCGUUGCCAGUAAGGAUGACGAAGGGGAUUGUAUAGAUGAUGAAUUUUCAAACGAUGAACCGGAAGAGCGAGUGACCGAUGAAAUAAUGGGGAAUUGCGGGGUUGCGCAGACACAUACCAUGGAAUACGUUUCAAAAUCGGGCUUUGUAGAAGUCAUACCAACGGAAAACGUGACUUCCGACAAACAAUUAUUACAGAAGAUGCGGAAUAGUUUUAGAAGGGACAUGGUGUUGGCAUUUCAAAGAACUUGCUCUCAAAAGAAGAUCAAGAAAGCGAAUAGAGGAUGAAGUCAAUCAAAUUGCAAUUGCAUUAUAUAUAAUGAAGGCAGAUGAUUGUGAUUUGAAAAUGUGAAUAUGCUAUUUUGAAUAGAACAAAAUAAUA